AUGGGGCCUCGGUGCAGGACGGGCGGAUGUGCUCGGACGCAUCCUGUCCAGGUCCUCUUUCGCCCCCGUCCCCGCCUCAAAUCCUCCUGCUUCUCCUCGUCCUCCUCCUGCUCCUCCAGGGGCCCCCUCCUCGUCUUUUGCGCGCGAGCACUCGAGACGUCCGCCGCCUCGAUUGCGCGGUCGCCGAGCGCGCGGUUGCCCCGCCAGCGCCAGCGGCCCGCAAUAGGUGGGCUGCCUUCUUUAGAGGCCGCCCGGGUCCGGCUUCGAGCUGCUGUGCGCGGUUCCAGUGUGUGCCUCUCAGAUGGGGUCCGAACCCUGGAUUCCUUCUCCAUUGCUUCUUUAUCCAUUGCCCUCACCGUAGUUGCUUCUUCCUUUGUGGCUUGCCUCAUGCCGCUCUGGAGCGUCUCGGACGCCCUGCGCCGCGGUCGUUGUAUAGCACGGCCUGCCCGCGGGACGGUCGCCGUGCGCUCGGCCAGGCAGGGCCUGGCGGCGGAGGGGCGGAGGCAGGCGCGCACGGGGCAGGCGAGGGCGAGCGCGAGCGAGGGCGAGGAUGGCAGUCAAGGUGCUGCCCCAGACACGCUCGCGUCGUGA